AUGGCAUCGGCGAUGGUUCUCGACCCUAAAGCAGCUCCGGCGCUGAUGGAUCUGUCGACGGCAGACGAGGAAGAUCUCUACGGCCGUCUCAAAUCGCUUCAACGGCAGCUAGAGUUCACCGACAUCCAAGAGGAAUACGUGAAGGACGAGCAAAAGAAUCUCAAACGGGAGCACUUACGGGCUCAAGAGGAGGUCAAGCGUAUUCAAUCCGUGCCCCUGGUGAUUGGUCAGUUCAUGGAGAUGGUGGAUCAGAACAACGGCAUCGUCGGAUCCACCACUGGCUCCAAUUACUAUGUCCGGAUUCUCAGCACCAUCAACAGAGAGGACCUCAAGCCUUCUGCUUCCGUCGCUCUUCACCGUCACUCCAACGCCCUUGUUGAUGUAUUGCCCCCUGAGGCCGAUUCUAGUAUCUCCCUUCUCAGCCAAUCUGAAAAGCCAGACGUCUCAUACAAUGAUAUUGGAGGAUGCGAUAUCCAGAAACAGGAAAUUCGCGAGGCGGUUGAAUUGCCACUUACCCACCACGAGCUUUACAAGCAGAUUGGUAUUGACCCACCACGAGGUGUGUUGCUCUACGGACCUCCUGGUACCGGAAAGACUAUGCUGGCUAAGGCUGUUGCCAACCACACAACCGCUGCCUUCAUUAGGGUUGUUGGCUCCGAGUUUGUGCAAAAGUAUCUCGGCGAGGGACCUCGUAUGGUUCGUGAUGUCUUCCGUCUUGCCAAGGAAAAUGCUCCAGCUAUCAUCUUCAUUGAUGAAGUUGAUGCCAUCGCUACAGCUAGGUUUGAUGCUCAAACAGGAGCUGAUAGAGAAGUUCAGCGUAUUCUCAUGGAGCUACUUAAUCAGAUGGAUGGAUUUGACCAGACCGUGAAUGUGAAGGUUAUAAUGGCAACCAACAGAGCAGACACUCUUGAUCCUGCUCUCUUACGUCCUGGUAGACUUGACCGUAAGAUUGAGUUCCCCCUUCCUGAUAGACGUCAAAAGAGGCUUGUUUUCCAGGUAUGCACCGCCAAAAUGAAUCUCAGCGAUGAGGUUGACCUUGAAGACUAUGUUUCACGGCCUGAUAAAAUUAGCGCUGCUGAGAUAGCAGCAAUCUGCCAGGAAGCUGGAAUGCAUGCGGUGCGUAAGAACAGAUAUGUGAUACUGCCUAAAGAUUUCGAGAAGGGUUACCGCUCAAAUGUGAAGAAGCCAGACACGGACUUUGAGUUUUACAAAUGA